AAACCUCUUGAACGGAUCGCACGUCCUCCGCUAUAGCCGGGGUCCCCACUUACUUGUGCCCUGUUUUACGCACAGGGAAAUGACUGCGUAGCUUUUCGACCCCUGGGACGUUUUCUUUUUCGAAAGGACUUCUUAUCGUCUGGAUAUGUGGUGGAUGCUGUUUCCCAGAUGGAUCUGGUUUUUGUUUGGACUGUUCUGCGUCUUGUGUUUGGGCUUGCGCGCGAGAGCGAUGCCAAUGACCCUGUCCAAAGUGGUUUAUUCUCACGCAGGGAUGUGUCCGAACGAGAUGAACCCGAACCUGUGGGUGGAUGCGAUGAGCACCUGCACGCGAGAGUGCGAGACCGACCAGGACUGUGAGCCGUUCGAGAAAUGCUGUUCAAAUGUUUGCGGACACAAGAGCUGUGUGGCUGCCCGCUACAUGGACGUUAAGGGCAGGAAAGGUCCAGUAGGGAUGCCCAAAGGGGUCACCUGUGACAAAUUCAUGUGCACCCAACAGGGUUCAGAGUGUGAAAUCUGGGACGGACAGCCGGUGUGCAAAUGCCGGGACCGUUGUGGACGGGAACCCCAUUUCACAUGCGCCUCGGAUGGCAUGACCUACUACAACAAGUGCUACAUGGAUGCUGAGGCCUGUACCAGGGGCGUCACCCUCACCGAAGUCACCUGCAGGUACCACUUUAGCUUGUCCAACACCAGCCCUCUUCCAGCGGAGACCACUGCCUGGCCCACCACUGCCCAUCUUGAGACCACACCCAUGGACAUUCAACGUCCCAUCAUGGUCAGCGAUCCAGCACACCACUUUGUGUUUGUGGGCGAAACGGCCAGCUUCCUCUGCGAGGUCAUGGGAAAACCGAAGCCGACGAUUACGUGGGAAAAGCAGAUCGAAGGUAAAGAGAACACUGUAAUGCAACCCAACCAUGUGCAAGGAAACAUAAUAGUUACUAAUAUCGCCCAGCUGGUCAUAUACAAUGCCCAUGUCCAGGAUGCCGGCAUCUACACCUGCACUGCCACAAACCAGGGGGGAUCUGUGCAAGCCCAUUUCCCACUCUCUGUGGUCCCUAGGGAGCAGACCAAACCAGAGCUGGUCAUGAAUUCCACACGGCUACCUGCUGAGGAGUGUCUGAAAACACCUGAUAUGGGCGACUGCGGAGAGGAGAGCAUGAAGUGGUACUAUGAAACCAAGCGCAACAAUUGCUUUACCUUCACGUACAGCCAGUGCAAUAAAAACCAAAACCAUUUUGAUACCUACGAGUUGUGUAUGCUGUCCUGUGGAGCAGAGCUUGCAGCACCUUGCUCCCUACCUAGUGUACAAGGUCCCUGCAAGGCUUACAAACCACGCUGGGCUUACAGCCACGCGCUCAAGAAAUGCCAGUCGUUUGUUUAUGGAGGCUGCGGAGGCAACGAGAACAACUUCGAGAGCAAGGAAGCCUGUGAGGAGAUGUGCCCCUUCCCCAAGACUCACAAUUGCAAGCUGUGCAAACCCCGGCAGAAGAUGGUCCCGAGCUUCUGCAAGAGCGACUUUGUGGUUUUGGGAUGUAUUUCGGAGUUGACCGAGGACCACGACUCUGGCCAUGCGCUCAUCACUGUGGAGGAGAUCUUGAAGGAUGAGAAGAUGGGGCUGCGGUUCUUCGGGCAAGAACCUCUGGAGGUGACACUGCUCAACAUGGACUGGAACUGUCCCUGUCCGAACAUAACGAGAGUCGAGGGACAGAUGAUCAUCAUGGGGGACGUUCACAACGGCAUGGCUGUGCUGCAACCCGACAGCUUCGUGGCCACUUCUAGUGUACGGCGUGUUCGCAAACUCCGUGAGGUUAUCAACAAAAAGACUUGUGAUGUUUUAAAGGAGUUCAACAGUACAAAGUACUAGGGCGCUUAUGUUAUCUGAAUCUCUGGACAUCCUAAACUGGGGGCGUCAUAUCCUACUCCUGAAGGGCCACUGUCCUGCAAAGUUAGCUUCUACACAUCUGCCUAGAGUGAAACUCUGCUGGAAGGCGGCCUUCCAGGAGCAUGAUUGGACACCCCUAUCCUAAACCAACGUGCCUGCCUCUCACCUGCUUUUCUUAAUGAAGCAGACUCUCUCACAAACUUGACUUGUAGAAUCUACAAUCGUAUGUCAUGCUUCUGCCGCAGCAUGGAGCUGCUUGAAUUAUCCAUGGAGAGAUUAAAUAUGUGUUUUACACUGUGUGAAUGACACAUAGGCGUACAUAUAUAUUAGAUGAUUUCAUGCGAAAGUAUUACCUUAUUUACAUCUACAUGUUGUAGUGUGAGUCCAGUUAUUUUUGUUUGACUAAAAAGCCACAGAUGUUAUAUUAAACCAGACUCUUUCUGCCUGUCUCAGAACAAAUGCCUUGCAGGCAGUCACUGAACUUUAAUCUUCAGUGGAAACAGGUGGUUAAAUGAUACUAACCUAAAACUUUAUUUAUACGUCAUGAAGAUUUAUUUAAAGCUGAAGUGUGUCAUUUUUCGAAGUCGGAAUAAGCCCCAUAUUAGCAUGGAGAGGCAAUUCUAAGUAAGCUGUUUUUAAAUUGAUUCCCCAGAAAAGUGUAAACAAAAGUGACCAUUACUAGUUUGUUUGAGCAGCCUGGCACAUUCAACCAAUACUUUUUGUCCAACCAAUGGGGGAGUGCUCAGUCAAUUUUGCAAUUUCAUUUGGUGGCACAGAAAUUACACACUUCAGCUUUAAUUAUGAAGCCAUGUCAUUCUUAAAAGUAAAGAAACAUGACAUGUUAAAUACUCUUGCACCUUAUUUUAUUUCAUAGUUUUUUUGUGCUGUAAUCGUUUGUUCCAUCUAUUUAUGCUUUUACAUUACUACCAUAAAUUGAAACAAAGGUAGUCCUAUGUACGUGCUUCACAGAGUAUGUUAAGUGUUUUCUGUCAAACCAUACAAUGGCAAACGUAUAAUGAGAUUAUAACUAUUAUUUGAAAAUGUAUUAAACGUUUAUGGAACUACACCAG